GUGGCCUGCGGGCGCGCCGGAGACUCAGGAGAUGGAGCCGCUCACCGGGGGCGCCCACGCCAGCAGGGCGCCGGCGCCCCCGCGCCCCGCGCGGUGGCCCGAGCGGCCCACCCGCGGCGCCUCGGAGAGGAGCGGUCUCGGCGGUCUGUUCGGAGGUCGGGCGCAGCAAGCAACGUCCGCCACCUACGACAAGGAGAAGGAGGUCGUGUUCGGCAUCGAGUACGAAGACGACAGGCGGAACGGCGUCUCGUACGAGAACGAGCUGGCACGCGACCUGGCCACGAGCUACUAUUGGUCUGGAAUUUUUUGGAAG